AUCUAUCUUCUAUUUUGUACUCCAAACUUCCAAACAGAUCAGAAGCGUUCUCUCCGGUCUCCAAAAAUCUCUCUCUCUCUCUCUCUGGCGGCGAGGACAACCAUGGACGUAACCGCCGCAGGUGGCCGGUCUCCGCCAGAGAAGAGAAUCGCAAGACAUCGAGCUACCGUCCACGUCCUCAGUCACGACAUUCUCUGUAUCCUCUUCUCUUUCCUCGACCUUCUCGACCUCUUUCGCUGCUCUUGCGUCUGCAAAUCCUGGAAUACAAUUAUUUCCAAAUCCAAGCUAUUACAAAUUCUUUACUGCAAGCAACAACAGAGUUCUCCCAGUUCUUUCGACAUGUCUAUUAGUUCUGAAAGAUUUUUGAAGAAACAUUUGCAGAGGUCGGCUAUAGAUCGUCAUAGGUCCUCUUUACAACAAGGUCCCAUUGAUGUCUCUCAGUGGAAAGGUCAUUCGGUUGGGGUUGAUCAGUGUAGAAUGAAGAUGGGAUUGAUUCUUACUGGUGUUGGUGAUAAGGUUAUGCGUCUCUGGUCAGCAGAAAAUUACAAAUGCUUGGACGAAUAUUCGCUCCCAGAUAAAGCACCUCUAGUUGAUUUUGAUUUUGAUGAGAGCAAGGUUGUUGGUUUGGUUGGGACUCGUAUUUGCAUAUGGAGACGCAGUGGGAAAAGAGAUAUAUUUUCCUCACGUGAAGGCCUGUUUACAAAGGGUUUAUGCAUGCGUUAUGUAGAUCCAGAGGCUGCAGUUGGAUGUGAGGAUGGGACAGUCCGAUUAUUUGACAUGUACAGUCGGAAAUGUUCUCGAAUCAUAAAGAUGCAUGCUGGGUCUGUGACAUGCUUAGCUUUAAGCGAUGAUCAAUUGAUCAUUAGUGGUUCCUGUCUUGGUCGUGUGACACUGUCGGAUCUUUCCUCUGAUCAGCGGAUAUCUGCAUUGAGGUCAACUGAUUCUGGAGGCAUAAGGACCCUGUGUUUCAACCCCUCUUCGCAUUUAGUCUUUGCUGGAUCAACUGCAGGAUAUGCAUCUUGUUGGGACCUUAGGACUACGAGGACUUUGUGGAAUGUCCGAGUGAGCCCAAACGUUUUAUAUUCUAUGAAUCACAUGCGAGGUGACAAUUCGACGUUAGUUGUUGGCGGAAUAGAUGGUGUGCUACGAUUCUUGGACCAGGACACAGGUGAGGUUUUCUCAAGGUGCAUCAUGAAUGAGAGCAACAUUUCAAAUCCUUCGAGAGAUUCAUAUGGAGUCGUCCAAAUAAAGAAAGCAAGAAGGCUCUCAGAAGAUACUCGCAUUGACCUCAUCCCUAAAACAUGUCGCCCUUCAAUUAGGUGCUUGGCUGUUGGAAUGCAGAAGGUUGUCACAACACACAAUGAGAAGAACAUCAGAAUAUGGAAAUUUAACAGGUAAAAAAGAGUUUUACUUUUUCUCUGGAAAAGUUAGAAACUAUGGUAAAGUUACUUGAAGGCUAAUAUGCUAUAUGGCAUUGUAGAAACGUGAUUUUUUCCUACUGUGCACAAAAUUUAUAUAUUGAUUAAUUGAUUUAUGUAUAGGUGUAUUGCACCCCAUGUAAAAUACCUUCUCUAUGAUUAAUCAAUAAGAUUCAGAUUUAUCAUCAUGCAGUCUUUAAGAGUAGGAGUAGAUUAAGUGGAUGAAUGCCUUUUGACAUUGUACCAAUAUUUACAACACAUCGAAAUAUGUUCUCGAAAAAGAUCAUAACCAUUUGUGAGAUACGUACAUUCCACUGCCAUGAGCUAUGUCCUGAAAUUUCAUCUCAAUCGAAUGCUGUAUCACUGUGCUGGCUAUCGAACACUCUGGUGGCUAACCUCAAAUUUAAUUUGCAAAAUGAAUCGGAAACAACCAACAAACAGAGGAUGAUGUUUUACCGUUCCGUUAUGGGAACUAGGGCGUCUAUGGGCUUUAAGAGACGUUUGGUAUGGCUUUCUUGCUUCCCCUUGCCACUAUUUGAUCUGCUGCCCUCUUUGAAACACCAUGUUAGUGAAGGCCAUGCACUCUGGCAAGGUUUUUUCAUUUUGGGGAAAAACAUUUUUUCGUUUCAUAACUCAGGAUGUCCGGGGUCAGCUUACACUAAUCUAGUUACAAAUCUAUUUGCACACCCUCUUUCACGAGCCUCUGCAGGUCUAUUGGCAAUAUUUUUUUGUUUUCCCAGUGCUUCUGUUUGCUUGCUCUUGGCACACAAUCAUUAAAUCUCUGAAAUGCAUUUCGUUUUUUUAUUCGAUUCGUAAUUUGAUUUUCCUCUUGUUGCCAAAACAGGAAAAUACCGACAAAAAAUAAAUAUCGAUUAGGAAAAAGAAGAGGAGAUUAGUAGUGCUGUAUCGAAGUAGAAUUCGGGAGAGUGGUCCCAGCCAGAAAGUGUGAGAUGAGAGCAAGAGCUCUUGGGGGGCUAAGGCUGGGGACUUGAUGCCCUGCUCCUCUAACUGUAACAAAUGUUAGGUCUCCCUUGUAAACUUCUGUAUACCCACCAACCU